UUUUGCUCUAAAGAAACAGAAACCAUUAAAAAGUAGGAUGCAGCCCAACAACUCCAUCUCUCCAUCAACACAAUUUUUGUGAUGGCAGCAAGAUGCAGAUUGUGUCAGAAUUCCAGAUGAACAAAGCUAGGGGACGGUGGCCGGCGGUGGUGGUGGUGACUGUGAUGAUGUUGGCAGUGGAGUAAAUGGAACCGACACACCCGGGACCUUUCUUCAUCAUAAAGCUCUCUGUGUCUCUUCUUCUUUUUUUUCUCUUUCACGAUGGGACCAUCACCACACUCCCAACUCUGUACGUAUUCUUUCCUUUUACCACCAUCUACCCUCCAACAGCACUGUAAAGCUCUCUACAUUCACUUUCCAAUUUCUCUCUCUCCCACUUUUUCGAGUCCAUGAUGCUUGCCCACUUCAUAAUUCUUCCUAAAAAAUCAUGGAUAAAGUCCUCUGAUAUUUCGAGUACUCAGGAAUUGUGCUGGAAAUUUGCUCCUUUUUCUUUUUCCGGGGGUCCAUGGAGUAUUUGAAAAAUAAUAUGAAUUUCUUUAAAUUUUUUUUUAUUUUGAUUGUUUCUGGUUCCCGGUGAUUUCAUGAAUUACUGAAUUUUUAGACUUCUUUCUGGGUAGUCUGUAUAAUUUGGAGAUAGUCAUUAAGGUGAGUAUUUACAGGAUAGUGAAUGUGGGAAUUGAUUUUUGUGUUUUAAGUCAAAGCUUUGACUAUAAAUUUCUUUGGAGGAUAGGAGACUUUGGUAGGUGAAUUCUUGAGAUCUGAUCAUUGAAGCAAUUUGUCUUUUCGUGCAAGAGAAGAUCUAAAGAGAUAACAUUUCAGUCCUUAGUUAGGAAUUUAAAGCACCAGUUGAGGCCUGUGGGGGCAAAAGGACUGCUUUGAUCCCUUGCCAUGUUAAGAAAGCUUUGUUCUCUUCUGUUUCAAGUUGCCAGGGAAGCCUGAGUUGUUGACAUCGGUAUUUUGGUGUUUUUUUCUUGUUAUGUGUCUGAGUCUCAGAAUUCUCACUAUCAUCUGAAGUUCCUGACGAUCUUAUCUUGAAAUUUUCAAGGAGCCCUUCACUGAAAAAUAGAAGAAAAAAUUGAAUGAGAAACGCAUAAAGGAACUCCAGCAAGGUACUGAAUUAUCAUGGCAAAAAAAUCACAGAGGCGCGCUGUGCGAUCUGGAAAGGAACGCUUUGGCUGUAUGGGCGGUUUAAUUAGCAUGUUUGACUUCCGCCAAGGUCGAUCUACUCAAAGACUGCUUGCAGAUAGAAGGCGUGGAAACAAACAUGCUGGUGGGGCUGGAAAUCGAGGCAAUAAACAGGAAAAUACAUAUCCUAGCGAAACUUGUCAAGGAACCUUUGAUGAAGAAAAUACAACAAUGAUUGAUGUAUGUAAGCCAAGCGUGAAAAAACUCAUAGAAGAAGAGAUGUCUACGGAGCAGGAUGCUAAGAUAGAAAAUGCUGAAGUUGAAGCAAAACAGUGCGACUCUGGACAUGGAGACAAUAGAAGGAAGAGUCAUAGAAGAGGUAAAAAGAGUAGGAACAAAAGCUGUGAUGACAUCAGUGGUGUGGAUGCUGCUGAGAAAGUGGGAUCAGAAGGCCUUUGUCAUCGUAAGUCAGAGCAUCAAGCUCUGAAUGGUCUUGAUAUGAGUAAUGUAAUGGAAGAACUCUGCCGCCAAAUUCAUCAGAAAAGUAUCAGUUGUGUGGAGCAUGAACAGCCCGUUGAACUACAUAUGGAGCCAGUCCAGAAGAGUCCUGGUUUUGAACAAAAAUUGAGUGAGGCAAUCAAGUUUUUAGUAAGUCAGAAGCUUACUGAUGAGAAUGUACAUGUAGAAGAUGGGGAACUCCGAACCUCCAAAGACCUUGUAGAUGCUCUCCAAAUUUUGAGUUCAGAUGAGGAAUUGUUUUUGAAACUUUUACGGGACCCUAACUCCUUGUUAGUUAGAUAUGUUCAGGACUUGCCAGAUGCUGAGGUAAAGAAAGGAGAGUCCAAGUCAGUCGCAGGAUCUGACAUUUCUGAAGAGCAGCUUAUUAAUCCAAGACAAUCUGAUGAGCUUGUUAAUCGAAAACAUCGCAACUUCUUCAGGAGAAAGGUCAGGUCUCAGGGAAGAGACACAUCAAAUGGAAGUAAAAUUUCACAGACUUCAAAUAAGAUUGUCAUUUUAAAGCCUGGGCCCGCAGCCUUGCAAAAUCCUGAAAUUGUAAGCAAUCUUAAUCAUAGGCCUUCAACAGAAUCUCAUUACGUCGUCAGAUCAAACAGGGAACCAAGUGAGAAAGUUAGUUCACACUUUUUUCUCUCUGAAAUUAAAAGAAAGUUGAAACAUGCUAUGGGCAUGGAGCAACAAAGAACGUCAAUUGGUGGUGUUUCCAAAAGAUCUCCUGUUGAACGUCGAAAUGCAGCACGUAGUGGGUGGGUUAAGGAAUAUGCUGGCAUGAAUUCUCCAACCAAAGAUCACUUCUUUAUUGAAAGGAUUGCUAGACCUUCCACAGACAGACUCAAAGACCAUGAGAUAAAUAGCAAGCAUGAGACUGCUGAUUUUUGCAAGCAAAAAGUUUCCAGCAUCUAUAUUGAGGCUAAGAAACAUCUAUUUGAGAUGCUAAACAAUGGGAAUCAAAAUGCAGAUUGCUCAAGCAGAAAAGUUCAGAAAACCUUAGGGAGGAUGCUUUCUCUUCCUGAUUAUAACUCGUCCCCUGUUGGAAGUCCUGGAAGGAACAGGGAGCUCGGCUUUUUAACCGCAAAGAUGAGACUUACAGCCCCUGACACAUCACCGGUGGUCAAUGAGAACAAGCAACACAACCAUGUCAGUCAUCUAAGUCAGACAAAAAAUAAUUCAGAGAAUAAACAAUGCAUUUCAGAUGACAGUAACAAUAAUGAAGUACAAGAUGAUAAAUUUAAUUUAUGCAUCUCGGACCAGUGUGGUAAUGAUAACAGAAUGGAUGAAACUUUUUGUUCUAUUGGAGAUCAGAUGAGUUCAAGAGAUGCUGUGGAGAUUUUUGAAGUAGCUGAAACUAUUGUCCAAGUGGAGUGCAAGCUCUUGGAUACUUUUCCUGAACCAGAUACCUUUUCUGAUACUAGAGAUGACAGAAAUGUUGAUAUUGGUGUUUGUGAUGAAAAACAAGAUCCACAAUGCUCAAAACAGACACGUGAAGAGGACGAACCACCAGCUUCUCUUUUAGCAUCUCCACCACACUCUUUAGUCACCAUAAAAGUUGAAUAUCCCGAGAGAAUUACUGAUAUACAGGAGCGACCAAGUCCUGUAUCUGUUCUUGAACCACUCUUCACAGAGGAUGUCAUCAGCCCAGCAAGCACCAGAUCCCAUUCUGCUGAAACAGCAAUACAGCCACUUAGAAUUCAAUUUGAAGGAUAUGGCCCUUCACCUGCAGGUCAAGUUAACCAGACAAAAGCUUGUAUGGAUAAUGAGAAAUCAGUUUUUAAGUACAUAAAGGCAGUGCUUCAAGCAUCUAAUUUAAACUGGGAUGAGCUCUAUAUCAAGUCACUUUCUUCAGACUUGCUUCUAGAUUCAAAUGUGCUUGAUGAGGUAGAAUUCUGUCCCAACCAGCUUUGUCAUGACCAAAACCUCCUCUUUGAUUGUGUCAACGAAGUUCUCAUGGAGAUUUGUGGGCAUUACAUGGGUUGCUCCCCUUGGGUGUCAUUUGUUAAACCUAACGUCAGGCCUAUCCCAAAUAUGAAAAACACCAUCCAAGAAGUCAUGGAUGGAGUUUAUUGGCGUCUCCUCCCAAUGCCACUGCCUCGAACUCUAGACCAGAUAGUCAGGAAAGACAUGGCUAAGACAGGAACAUGGUUGGAUCUUCGACAUGACACUGAGAGUUUUGGUGUUGAGAUGGGUGAAGCAAUUCUUGAAGACUUAAUGGAAGAAAUCAUAAGCUGCACAACUGCAAAUUCAGAAGGCGAACAUUCUGUGCUUCCUGCUUGGUUGAGUUGAAGGGAAGCAGCAGCAAGUUGAUUGACUUGUAAAAGUUAACCGACACUUAAUUUUCACUCCCAAGUCCAAAACUAUAAUAUGUAGCCCCACCUCAUGGCAGUAUGUCACAGUGGAAGGAAAGUAAACUGAGUCAGUUCUGCAUCAGCAGGAUGGGCGGUGACAACCACCGAGGUAGAGGGGCUUCAUUUAAAUCUCCUUUUUCUUUGUAUGAUAUGAUGGCUUUUCCUAACCUAGCCAUUGAAAUCAUGUAGAUACCUUUAGAAUUCUCCACAUUAUAAAACUGUUGCUUGGGAGACUUACAAACGCUGCAGAGAUCCUUGGAGUGCUUGCUACCCCCGAGAAUCAAUAGCAAAUGCCUGCCUGCAUUCAUGGCUAUUUUCUGUUAGCAUUGGCUGUGGUCAGAUCUGGUUGGUUCUCUGUAUGUUACCUAAGUAGGCUUUGGUGUGUAACUGCAUAUUAAUUGUGUCUGUUGAGGACCUUUUUCAGUAUGAUUGAUUUGAUUUAUUCUCCAGUCAAAUUAAACAAAUUAAAGGUUU